AUGGUACUAAGCCGUUUCCGAGAGCCUUUAAAACAGGCCCUCCGGCUGCCUGUCAUCCGCUCUUCUAUCCUCCCCACUCUCCGUCGACCCAUGUCCGCCCUCAAACAACACCAACCUUCCACCAUGUCUUUCUUCGACGAGCCCCGCUUUGAACACCAGUUCCUCUCCAACAGCCCAGAGGAACCAAUGCUAUUCGAUUUUGACGACUACUCGUCGUUCAUUGCCCCUGGAUACGACGAAACUCAUCCUCCCCUCGACGAAAUGCCUCCGUCUCCCGCCUAUGAGCUGGCGCCAGCAUACUCCGCGGACCCUUUUGCGUCGUACAAUGAAGACGUCAAACCACAGCCACAUCGACUCUAUCUGAGCAACUGGGCUUCGGACCCGCCCUCCGCUACCUCCCCGACCUCCCCGAUACCCAUCCCUUCCCCCAAUUCGACUCAUGACUUUAUCUCCUACAAUGAUCAUUCGUCACCACUCAGUUUUGACGCGCCAUUCUCUCCGUUAUCACUUGCUGCUGCGCUUCCUUUACCCGCGAGUUUCUCGCCUUCCUCGUCAAUGGACGAGCACCAUCAUACCCACUAUGCCGUUCCACGGCAACUAAUGGAUUCUGUCUCGCCACAAGAGACCACUAGUUCCUCUUCUUCAACAACACAAGUCCCUCAAUGGGCUGCCCAGCUAUGGGAUUCGUCACCAGCGACGCGACACUCGCGCACUGCAUCAUCCCCGCGUUCUAUUACGCGUCAUUCACCCUUGUCUGGCAGACGUGACUCCUUAACGACUUCUGGGGGACAGCUGUUCCCGUCAACCAGUGCUCCUUCAUCUGCAAUAGCUGUAGGGCACAACACCAUCCGCGCUUACAGCAAGCGUGCCGAGUCAUUUGGCGCCUCCGAGGAUCGAGAUCGCGAUGCAACUGUUCGCAGGCGAAAGCGCAGUGGGCCGGCGGAGGAAGUCGAAGAUGAACAGAGUCAUGAUAACAACCCUACAGCGCCUCUGAAAUCUUUGUUGCGGCCCCCAAAGCUUGCCCCAUCAGCCUGGCAGCUGUAUUUCACCGAUUGGAUUCAACGGCAGCAAGCGUCAAGCAACCGGAAGCUCAAUGUGGCCCAGGCAGCCAAGGAAGCAGGGGCGGAAUAUGCUAGUUUGAGCGAGGAGGAGAAGGAGCCCUACAAGCAGCGAUCUCAGGCGGCGAAGGAGAUCCGGGAGCGUGAACUGAACGCUUAUCUCAGAUCGCUUACUCCUGAAGACAUCAAGCGUGAAAACGCGUUCCGAUCUGCUCAACGCAAGGCCGGAAAGUCGAGAAAGAGCAAUAUCAAGGACCCCAACGCUCCCAAGAAACCACUCAGCGCGUAUUUCAUGUUUUUGCAACGGAUCAGGGCAGACCCCGUGCUCGUGAGGGAGAUAUUUGGGGACGAGACCGAAACUACCAAACAGAGCGUCCUCGCUGCGGCGAAGUGGCGUGCCAUGUCCGACGAUGAGAGGAAGCCAUUCUUGGCACAGGCGGAGCAAGAGAAGAUGGAGUACGAGGCUGCGAGACGGCUGUACGAAGACGGGGCUGGCUCGCCUGGCUACGGGACCAAUAUCAACUUCAGCAUUUUGCCGGGGAGCCUCAGUCCUGCCCCGUUUCCUACGCUCAAACUCGAAUCGGAGAGUGAGAGCGAGGGUGACAGCCAUGGGCCGCGAACGCGGCAAUUUCGGGCAUCGUCAUGA